AUGGGUCCAUCUUCUGUAAAUGUCACUUCCCGCUUUCAUGAAUCUGUCACUCGAAAUGCAUUUCGUUCUUAUCUCGCUGAGUUUAUCUCUACUUUCUUCUAUGUCUUAGUUGUUGUUGGCUCUGGAAUGUCCUCACGGAAAUUGAUGCCUGAUGCUUCACUGAACCCAACUAAUCUGGUUGUGGUUGCCAUUGCCAAUGCUUUUGCUUUGUCCUCAGUUUUGUAUAUUGCAUGGGACAUCUCCGGUGGACAUGUCAACCCUGCCGUGACCUUUGCAAUGGCAGUGGGAGGCCACAUUAGCAUACCAACUGCUCUCUUUUACUGGGUUGCUCAGUUGAUAGCCUCUGUUAUCGCAUGCCUUGUCCUGAGGGUUAUUGUUGUUGGAAUGCAUGUACCAACAUACUCUAUUGCAGAAGAGAUGACAGGUUUUGGAGCAUCCAUAUUAGAGGGUCUACUAACAUUUGUUUUGGUGUACACUGUGUAUGCUGCUAGGGACCCUAGGCGUGGUCCAUUGAGUUCCACUGGUACACUUGUUAUUGGUUUAAUAGUUGGGGCAAGUGUAUUGGCCGCUGGUCCAUUUUCUGGCGGGUCAAUGAACCCUGCAUGUGCUUUUGGCUCAGCUGCCAUUGCAGGCACUUUCAGGAAUCAAGCAGUAUAUUGGGUUGGACCCUUGAUUGGUGCUACCAUUGCUGGCCUUCUUUAUGAUAAUGUGGUGUUCCCUUCUCAGAAUGCAGAUUCAAUUAGAGGGGUUUCAGAAAGAGUUGGGGUGUAA